ACCUUGCGAGUCUCACAUUAGCUUGUUGCUAGCUAGCGCGCUAGGCUAGGAGGGUAUCCCCAUUUUACUGUGUGUGGUUACCCAAGUAUAAAGGACGAAGGUUUCGCGUUAAAGUCGUAUGGCGCUAACAUCGCGUUGGAGUUGUCUUCUCAAAGCGAUCAAAGAACGAUUGUCGGCACACUUGAUAAACUUGAGAUUUGGACCAACAAUCGCAACCGCAAAAUACUCCCCAAUGUGAUCGUAUUGAUUCGCUAAUGUUAGCUCGGUGUCUUCAAAUGUCGGCGAUUCACCCUAAUGGUCGUCGAGUGAAAUCAAAAGUACAUCCGAAUGAGCUCCCAGCAAUUCCCACGACACGGGCUACCGGCCUCGAGCUCCGGGGGGGCUCCCUUGAUGCCCACCGGUGGAAAUCUGGUGUCCAUCAGUCAGCCGACAAACCCGCCAGUGUGCGCCGAAGCCGCGGACGGCGACCAGCAGGAGCACCCGCCGACGGGGGGCGGCGGCGCGGGCACCGUGGUGUUCCGGGACGACAAGCAAGAGACCAUGGUGGUCCGGCCCUACCCGCAGGUGCAGACCCACGGGCAGCCGCAGCCCGCCCCGCAGGCGAUUCCUAUCCAGCCCGGCGGCCCGGCCGUGGCCGUGCCUGCGCCGCCGGUGCACCUACCUCAGGGCCAGCCUGCGGUCCUCACUGACGGACAGAUGAAGGCGGUCCUGAAGUCCCCCAUGCCGAGCCGCCUGAUAGCCCCCGCGCCCGCUUCCAACCAGGGCCACAUCCCCAUCCCUCCCAAAGUCCCGGGCCACAUGACGACCACCCCGGAAAGCAGUAACGCCAGCACGCUUUCCAUUCCUGUGGCCACCAUCAGCGGUCAACAGGGUCACUCCAGCAACUUGCACCACCUGAUGCCGGCCAACAUCCAGAUAAUCCGAGGGAGUGCCCCCACGUUACAGAUCGGGACCCCCGCCGUCCCUCCGCAGACCUUCACGUCACAUCUACCGCGAGGCGCAGCCGCAGCCGCGGUCAUGUCCAGCUCCAAAACGGUUCUCCGACCGGCCACCGGAGCAGGCGCCGGCCCGGGCCAGCCCAUUGUGCAGCACAUCAUCCACCAGACUAUUCAGUCCCGUCCUGCCGUGACGACGUCCACGGCCGUGCUCCCCACCGUGGUGGCCCCGAUUUCAGCGACAAGAACCCAGUCCCCAAUCAUCAGUCCCACCGCCACACACUCCGGAGAGGUUGCUCACGGGCGUCCCGGCCUAACCAUUCAUUCGCCGCCGGCCAGCGUCAGCAUCCAGAGACCUCAGACGGCGCGCGACACGGCCACGCGGAUCACUCUGCCGUCGCACCCGGCCAUCGGCGCUCAGAAACCUCAGGCGCCGCACACCAUGACGCAGAAGCCCAUCUUCAGUCCCGUCACGCCGGUCGCCGCAGCCACAGUGGCGCCCAUCGUAGCCACCAACACUGUGUCCUCGACCACCUCUCUCGGUACAGUCCCCCACACUCAAAUGAGCAGCAACACUAUUGUCACCAUGACAAUGGCCUCCCACUCAUCCCACGCCACUGCAGUCACAACCUCGACCAUCCCCGUUGCCAAAGUGGUACCGCAGCCCAUCGCCCACUCUUCGUCCCGCGUGCAGCCCGACUACCCAGGAGAGAGGGCAAACCUCAUCCCCAUCCAGGGCCAUCGCUCAUCGCCCAACCCCGUUACCAUGGAGCCGAGAAGCGACAACAGGCCCCCUGUUCCGGUCCAGUUCCAGUAUUACCUGCCAUACUCGUCAUCCUACCCCCUGACACACACCUACACCCCCAUCAGCAGCUCUGUGUCCACCAUCCGUCAGUAUCCAGUGACUCCACAAGCUCCGAGUUCAGCGCUACCCGCCCAGGCCGGCGUGGGCGUGGCCACGACCGUGCACCUCAACCACAUGCAGCUGAUGGCGAUGGACCGCAUCGGCCUCCCAUCGGCGCAGAUCAGCACGCAGGGCAUCCAGCCGGCGCCCAUCGUCACGCAGGGCAUCCAGCCGGCGCCCAUUGGCGUGCAGGGCCUCCACCCGGGGGCGGCGUCCAUUGGCGCGCCGGGCCUCCAGCAGGGCGCUGGCGCGGUUCAGCAGCAGCAAGCGCCCACCGAAGCAAAAUCUGGUGUGGUCUUGGCUGAAGGCUUUGUAGCGAACCCAAUCAGCAGCACCACCCAGCCAGUCGGCACCAUGGUGCAGGCCCACGGCCAGGGAGGGGCGCCCACCCUGGUGUCCUCGCCGAGACCCAGCAUCCUACGCAAGAAGCCCACCACUGAAAGUUGCGUUCGCAAGACCCUCAUUCCCGCUCAGCCCAGUGAAACGAGCAGCAUCAGAAUGGAGAGCGGCGUGAGAGGGGCUGGCUCCCCCCGGCCCGCAGGAGUCAAACCCAAAGCCGAGGUGCACAUGACGGUGGCCCCGCCCGUCAUGGCCGCCGUGGAUGCACUGCCGCAGGGCGGCGAGCAACAAGCGAUGGCGGCGUCGGGCGCAGCGCACCUUGCCCAGGCCCUGCCCGCCAUGCUGGCCACGCCGGGUCCCGCGCCGCCCUCACAACCCUCCGCCGUCCUCUCGGCCCUGCCCGCUGCCAUGGCGGUGACUCCGCCCACCCCCGCUUCCAUGGCCAACACGGUAGCAUCGCCCACGCAGCCGGCCCCCAGCAGCACAGCCGCCUGCGUCGCCACCUGCCCGGACGUCAAGCUCAGGCCGGAAGUGGACACAAUCAACACCUCGCAGCCAGAAGCCAAUUCCAACGCUGGCCUGAACGCCCAGGCCUCCGCCCUCAACGUGCCCCCCACGGGAGACCUGAUCCCCGGGGCAUCCCCGAGGAAGAAGCCUCGCAAGCAGCAGCACGUCAUCUCCACCGAGGAGAGCGAAAUGAUGGAGACCAACAGCACCGAUGACGAGAAGACGCCCGGGAGGCCCGUCACCGGCAGGGCCGAGCGCAGGGAGUCUCCCCCGAGGGAAUACGUCGACGAAGAAGGGGUGCGCUACGUGCCCGUUAGGCCUCGACCGCCCGUCACCCUCCUGCGACACUACCGUAACCCCUGGAAAGCUGCCUACCACCACUUUCAAAGAUACAGCGACAUCCGCGUCAAAGAAGAGAAGAAGGGCACCUUACAGGACAUGGCCAACCAGAGAGGGGUGGCGUGCCGAGCGCAAGGCUGGAAAAUUCACUUGUGUGCCGCACAGCUCAGGCAGCUGUCUAGUUUGGAGCACGACGUGUACAGCCGUCUGUCCUCCCUGCAGGAGGGCCUCAUCCCCAAGAAGAGAGCCAGCGCGGAUGACGACUUGCACCGCAUCAACGAACUUAUACAGGGCAACAUGCAGCGCUGCAAGCUGGUAAUGGACCAGGUGACAGAGGCGCGGGACACCAUGAUGAAAGUCCUGGACCACAAAGACAAAGUCCUGAAGCUGCUCAACAAGAACAGUGCCGUCAAGAAGUCGUCCAAGCUCAAGCGCAAAGAACGGGCGUGAAGCCCAACCUGAACCCCUUUUCCCCACGCUCAGAAUCUGGUGCUACGAUCUGCUUCACACAAUCACAAGCACCCGACGGGGCUGGCGGGGGGCCUUUUUCGGACGAGGUUCUCAGUCAUUUCUUCUGUUCAUUUCCCAAAAAACCUCAAAGACGAUGCUCGCUGACCCGCAGCAACACGGCGGCGCUGAAGAAGCAAAGAGUUGAAAUGGUAACGUGAAGACCAACCUCAAAUGUGCUCUUUUUUUUUUUUUUUUUGGUUUGAUCUGUGCCUUUGUUGUAUUUUAUGGAUUAUUUACCGACGGCCAUUUUGAGGAAAAGUGUCAUCCUUUUGUCACUUUUCCCCUCUGUUUUGUAGUACCUUUGAAAAUAAAUUAGCUCAACUUUCUUCUUGAUUAUUAUAGGAGUUUACAAUUAAUCUUUUGGUCAUAUUUGUCAAAAUGAUCUUUAUGACUUGACUGAAAUACACGAUCAGUAGGAUUCAUGAAAGAAAAAAAAAUUCUCUGGGCCCAUUUUGUUUGCUAUACAAAAAAAAAAAACAAAAAAAAACACCACACAUGAACGUAACAACCAAUCAGAGUAAUUUAUGGGGUGUCAAUCAUUCCUCACACUUGUGGGCACACCCCUGCACCCUGGCGGUGACCUCUGACCUUGGUACCCCAUGAAAACACAUUGUUCGUGAUGGAGUGUUACUAUAACACAGUAAUGGCGUUUUUUUAAGUUGUGGUGGUGUUUUGUACAAUAAACGAGGUUAAAUUGGUCCAUGACCAUGCUUAUCUCAAAUCAUCUUUCCCCAUUGAAAUGAAUGGAAGGCAAUUCAUCGGUUCCAGCCCUUUUUAAAACAAAAUGCCGCAGGAAAAUUUGUAUACAAUGGUACAAUAUUGUAUAAAAACAAACUAAUAAUUACUUUGCACAUAACACGCAAAUGAAAAAUGGGGGCCACUGGCAAAACAGUGUCAUGAUUCGUUAGUGCCGGCAACAAAUAUUGUCCCUUCACUGCAAGGGAACUAUUGUGGCCAAAUGUAAUAACGUUUUCUGCCAGUUAGGGUAUCUGAAGUGCACUUAUAGCUUUUAAUAUUUACUCUUCGCUCAAGACAAACAUUUUUUUAAAUAAAAAUCAGACAGCCUCCGGAUUGCAAGGCACCUUUGUAUAUUAAAUUAAAAGGACAAGAUUGGGCUAGAGGUGGCAGAUUCUUUCCUCCACUGAUAUUGAACUGUCAAGUCAUAAUGACUCAUCAAAUAUGAUUGUACGUGUGUGUAUAUGCAUAUAUGCACACACACACACACAUAGGUACAAUUGUAAACUCUUUAAAAGAAUCUGGUCAUAACAUUAAAGCCUCCAAAAUGGAAAGUUCCUCAAAAAAGAUGGAUGAUAUGCAUUUCUGCGAAUAGCAAAAGUCUAAAGUAAUUGACACAAAAAAAAAGGUUUUGUUGUUCAGUGUUACAAGAGGGCAACAUAGCAAUGUUUGUGUAUUAGACGUGGGUUACCCAGAGAACGCAAAUUAUGAUUAAUGGAGGAUUGUUUCCCUUGCCCCCACCCAAAAAAUAUGAAAAAAUUGACACAUUUGCAAAGGACAAAUUUAUGAAUAUGCGGUGUUUCGAUGGAAUUUACAAUUUAAUUCAAAUUUUGCCCCAAAAAGUCAAAAUUUGGAAUUCCAACAUUGAGUACAUUUUUGUGACACUUCGGUUGAUCGAGGAGCUAAGGGUUGAUUGUGACUGAUGCAAAUACUGAUUUUUUUUCCACACCUUUCUAUGCCAAGCAGCUAAGUUGAAGUGAGAAGAGGAGUUUCAUUUUGUCACACGAUAGCCUUGUCUAAUAGAAAAAUAUUGCUCGGUGUUGUCUUGUGGCAGCAAUAGGAAAUUACAAACAUCCUGUGGGUGGGUGUCAAAUGAACACAGAUUUUCACUAUUAAUAUUGCAGAGGUUCACUAUAAAUGGAAGAUGUGUAACUUGGUCGGAAUCAUUCAUAUUUUUUGUUUUUUUUAUUUGCAAAGGCGGAGAAAGAAGUGUAACGGAGCGUCCUCGUGUUCACAAAGCUGUACAUCACUGUUUAAAUGUGCUCGUCUUUUGUACUCCCCCGAAAAUGGAGACGUUUUGUGCUGUGCGAAGAGUUAAAAAAAACAAAACAAAACAAAACGACUGAUUUCACACAGAGAGAAUUGUAGUGAGUUGGGAUCAUUCAGCCCAGACGUUGUACAUUGUUUUUGUCUGUACGUAUAUAGUAAAGAUGCUUCAACAACAUCCGCUUCUUU